AUACACGUAUAACGAUAUCCGUGAUAUUUACUGUCUUACAUCCGUAUUAUCUUCUACGAAAAUAAAAAAGCAGUAUACAGUGGAAGAAGUUUCAAGUUCAAAGAAUAUUCUUGACUAAUGGAAAAAGAAAUGUCCAACAGCGGUAAAUAAGAUUAAGUUUUCUGGUGAGUGCAUCCUCACAUACAUGGAGUUUCAGCUGGACAGCGCAGAGUACUGCCAGGCCCAACACAAAUAGAUAGAGAAAAAUAAAUAAAAAAAGAAAGAGAAAGGGAGAGAGUGAAACGUGCCCCAAAAAGUUAAAAGAAACUGAUAAGACAGCUGUAAAAUAGAAAGAAGAAGAAGAGGAAGAAGAAGAAAAAAAAUAAGAACGACAAGACGGGAGAAAACGUAGGAAAAGCGUAAACAAACGGUCUGGCGAUUGUCAAAGAUAAAAACCAACCAUCAACAGCUAGUCACAAGCACACACGCACAUACACACACAUCCAAGACGUAGAGAAUUUUAUUAGACACAAUUUAUUAAUUAGUUGUUCGGACCCAGAGCUGAACCUCAACGACAUCCCCCCUUCCCCAAACCGCUGGAGCACCUUGUGCCAAGUAGAUAAUCUUCCGAAUAGUGAAAUCGCUGUUAAAAAACAGGCGCAUAUUAUCUCAUCAACCACCAACACCAAAUGUAACUUAGCCCUGACUCUCAAUUCGACCAGGUGUUAUAAAUUCUGAGGAAGAUUUUGAGAGGGCUACAUGCGAGAACCUGUCGUUCUUCUGUUCUUUGUGUGACGAUAAUAACAAGAACGAGUAUUGUUUCUAUCAACCAGUCGAAGAAAGAGAAAGGAAAAACUAUAUAAGACUGACUUAUCUAUGGGCUAAACUUGUCGAGGGGAAAAAACCUCUUCAUUUUUGUUGCCUAGGUGCAGUGUUAUAGAUUCAUUUUCGUAACGCCGGCGGAAAAUACUACUUUUUACUUUGAGGACAAUUAGGAAAUGAGCAACAUGAGGGUCAAGGAUAUCAGGCCGGCACCCGCCGAAAUUGAAUACAAGAACAUGAAGUUCCUCAUCACUGAUCGACCCAACGAUCAAAAUAUCCAAACUUUUAUCCAGGAGCUGAAGAAGCACAAUGUUAAAGAGGUGGUCAGGGUGUGCGAGCCAACGUAUAAAGUUGAAGAGUUAAAAUCGGAAGGCAUCAGUGUCCUGGACUUGGUCUUUGACGAUGGAACAUUUCCUCCUAGAGAGGUCGUUGAUGAGUGGUUCGAACUACUAAGGAAACGAUUUGGUGAAACGCCUGACGCCUGCGUCGCCGUUCAUUGUGUUGCUGGUCUUGGUCGAGCACCUGUACUAGUCGCAAUAGCCCUAAUCGAACUUGGACUCAAGUAUGAAGACGCGGUGGCUCUUAUUCGAGAAAAAAGGCGUGGCGCUAUCAAUGCAAAACAGUUGGCUUUCCUCGAGAAGUACAGGCCCAAGUCCCGACUGAAGCUCAAGAAUGGGCAUAAUUCCUGCUGCGUCCAGUAGAUAACAAUAACACAAGAAUUUAAAGAAGAAAGAAAAAAAAAAAAAAAAAUGAUGAAAAAAUUUUUAAGGAGAACAAAGAAAAACAUGAUUUCAAAUUGACGUCUAACUAAGAAUUAUAAAAAAAAAAAAAAAAAAAAAAAAAAUUACAACAAGAACUACUGAUGAUUUUGUAUGACUUAAUUCAUUCGGCUUUUGUAGUAGGUAUGCCCGACACACAAGAAAACAAAAGAAAUUUGAGCCGUCUUACAGUACCGAUUAUUCGAAAUUCUGAAUGUGCUACGCCAGUGUGGAAAUGCAACUCGGAUUUUGUGUCCACGUCAACACACAAUUCGUUGUCACGCAAAAUGUAUACUUCACUCUUCAGGCAAAUCUGAAGUAUAUAAAUUUGGCUAAGGGGAAAAACAAAAUACAUGCACAUAAUUUGAACUUGAACUUUAUUUCAUAACUCCCAGGAAAAAAUUAAUAAAAUCCUAUUCGCCAUCAUAAAUGUAUUCCCCGUUAUUGUUUGUAUUUAUUUCUUUGUUGUUGUAAUAACUGAACACAUUAUUUUCUCUAUUUUUCGAAUGUACCCUCCGAUGAACCGUUCGAAAUUCUUCCCUCGAUUUUAUUAUUGCCUAUCGAAUAUUCAAUUACAAUCAUGUUUCACUUACAAAGUGUACAAGCCCUACUCUGCACUAAUUCAUAGGUAGGAAAUAUUUGUCUACUCCGUGUUAGAACGAAAUCCGAAAUAAAUUGUUAUUUUUCA